CAAGGAUUUCAUAAUUGGUACGAACGGGCCAGGCUUAGCAUGCCAAUCUCGGUCACGGGCUCACGGCUUCUGCCUUCUUCCUGCCGCACGCGCCGCCCAUUCGACGGCCGGAGCUCUCGAUCUCGGCUUCUACCUUCCGCACGCGGCCUUCCCAUCGCAACGGUACUGCCCGCUUGGAAGAUGGUAGAUGAGGAACAUGCUCCAAGCUCUAGGAAGAGGAUUGCGGGUACCCAAAUCAACAAGGAUAAUCCUGAGCCUGAUGAUGACGGACCAGAGCAAGAGAUGGGGACAUUUAAGAAAGCUAAUGAGGAUGUGAUGGCAACCCGGAGAAUUGUAAAAGUUCGGCGCCAGCAGCCAUCAUCAGCUCCUUCUUCUAAUCCUUUCUCAGCAAUCAGAUUUACCCCCAGUGAUUCUAGUGUUCAAACAAGUGCCCCUGUCCCAGAGCCUCAACCUUCAGAAGACAAAGCUGAUGACAGCAGCAAUGGUAGUGGGAAAGAUACUUUGUUUGUACCGGUUAAGAAUGCAGAUUCUGGUGAGACACCUGAGAUUCAGAAGGAUGAUUCAGCUGCAAAAACGGACUCUGAUGCCACAGCUGAAGCGCCGCCUCAACCUGUUGAAACCAAUGACAAGGCAGAAGACACAAAUGAUGGAUCUGAUGAAGACAAAGUAGUUGGAGAACCCAAGGAAGGUAACAGCAUGUCAUCUGAAGUUGAGGGCAAAACAAAAGAGGGGGAUGCUGAAGAAAAGAAAGGGGUAGAUGAAGCUGGAAAUGAAGAUAAAGUCAGCAAGGACAAUACUGAGAAGAAAGAUGGAGGUAAAUUAGAGACCAAGGAUGGGUUGUCUGAUGAGCAGAAGGAUGCUGAUAACAAAGGGCGGUCAUCAUCAGCGACACCCCUGUUCUCUUUUAAGAAUCUGUCAAGUGGUCAAAAUGCCUUCACAGGUUUGACUGGAACUGGAUUUUCAAGCUCAUCGUUCUCAUUUGGCUCAGCCUCUAAAGAUGGCUCAAGUGCUGGACUCUUAUUUGGGCUAAAGAGUGACGGUUCUUCAUUCCCUUCUUUUAACCUUGGUGCUAGCAACAACGGGAGUUCCUCCCUAGCUCUUGCUACUUCAGCAGAAGCACCCAAGAAAUUUGCUAUGCCAGAGGGCCCUGUUGAAACUGGCGAAGAAAAUGAGAAGGCGGUAUUCAAUGCUGACUCCGCAUUGUAUGAGUACUUGGAUGGUGGUUGGAAGGAAAGAGGAAAGGGGGAACUAAAGUUGAACGUCCCUGUAUCUGGUGGUGAGAGGGCUCGGCUUGUCAUGAGGGCCAAGGGCAAUUAUCGACUGGUUCUGAAUGCAAGCCUUUACGACGAUAUAUCGCUGAAGGACAUGGAUAAGAAGGGCGUGACAUUUGCUUGCGUGAACAGCAUCGGUGAGUCACAGAGCAGCCUUGCUACAUUUGCUCUGAAAUUCAAGGACACCUUCAUCAGGGAAGAGUUCAAAGCUGUGGUGGAGACUCACAAGGCGAGAAAGGCAUCUGACGCACUGAAGACUCCCGAGAACUCACCGAAGGCAGCUGAUGUCUGAAACCACUCGGGUUGCUGUAUGUGUCAAGGGAGGAGCUGCGGGCGGCUGAUGAGAGAUACUGUUUGUUAUUCCAGUCUUAAGUAACAAUAUCGUAUCAUGCCAUGUCUGACUUGCGAUUGCAUACGGUUUCCUGAUGCUGUUUUUGGAACAGUGGGUAGCCUGUUGAACUUCCAUUGAAGUCAUAAUCUUAGUAAACGGGAGAUGAGACUCCUUUGGUCUA